AUCAUUAUUGUCUUUUAGGUAUAUAUUAUGGCAACUGCUAUUCAAAAGAAUGGCAUGAAACCUUUAACAAAUACAUCAAGAAAUCAUGUAGAGGAUGUAAAGAAUUUAGAUAAUACAAAAAUAUGUAAAGAAGAAAAAGAUGAAAGGAUAUUUGAUGGACAAAUCCAACCUUACGUCGAGCCUCAUGAGCAGGAACCUCGUGAACUGGAUAUUGUUAUCAAUAAUGUAGUUUGUAGUUUCAGUGUUAGAUGCCAUUUAAAUUUACGAGAAAUUGCAUUAAAUGGAUCUAAUGUAGAAUAUAGAAGAGAAAAUGGGAUGAUAACUAUGAAAUUAAGGAGACCUUAUACUACAGCUUCUAUAUGGUCUUCUGGUAAAGUAACAUGUACCGGUGCAACUAGUGAAGUCCAAGCAAAGAUUGCAGCUCGUCGCUUUGCUCGUUCUCUUCAGAAACUUGGAUUUAAAGUACGAUUUAACAAUUAUAGAGUGGUCAAUGUAUUAGGUACAUGCUGUAUGCCAUUUGCAAUUAAAAUAACAUCAUUUUCAUCAUGUCAUAAAGAAAAUGCAGAUUAUGAACCAGAACUGCACCCUGGUGUCACAUAUAAACUAAAAGAACCAAAAGCUACAUUAAAAAUAUUUUCUACUGGAAGUGUCACUGUAACAGCUCCUAAUGUUGCUGCUGUCCAAGCUGCAAUUGAAUAUAUUUAUCCACUAGUCUAUGAGUUUCGUAAAGAAAGAACUGCAGAAGAUGAACUUGCCUUAACAACAAAGAAACGUAGAAUGGGGCUAAGUAAAAGAAGUCGCGAUGAGUUCCUACAUGAUUCAGAUUAUAUAUAUGAUACCAUUUUCUCUGACGAAGAGGAAGAAGAAGAAGAGGUUGAGAGUGAUGUCAGUUGGGACUGA